CAGGAUCCGCCAAGUCGCUUCAAGUUGAAAGCAGAACGCAUCCAAAGAGAGUAUGAUGCUUACCACUGGAUGCAACAGAUGCACGAAGCAUCCAAGAAAUAUCCGUAUAUGUCAGUCUUUGAGGAGGAGCUGGUACGUUUGCACGAUGAUCUUCGAAAUCAUCCUGGCAAGUAUGCCAGGAUCCUGGAAGAUUGGGCGAAGUGGUACGACAGAGAGACCUCAGCUGUGCGCCUGCCUUCCAGUGAUCUCCUGCUGCGGGAAGGCUCCGCGGUGCUACAGGAAGCCGUGUCCUAUCUCCGCUCCCUGAAGCUGGGCAAGUUGCGAUCCCUCGAGGUCUCCAAGGCCCUGUGCUUCGCUGGACAGCUGCACUGCCACGCCGCUGGGAAGCUGGGGCUAGACUCGCACAACUCGCCCAGCUUGGUGACGCCCGAGAGGUUUCAGCGGAUCCUGGCGACUGCGAAGGUGGAAACGCUGCCGUUUCGCAGCGCCGCACGGUUGAGCUUCGACGUGCAGAAGGGCGAGAUGACGGGGCCCAGUGGUCGAGCCAGUGCCUUCCUGGCCAAACAGGACUCGGUGGCUGAGAACUGCUGUUUCGGGCCCCUGACGCCUUUGGAAGCGCUGUUGUGUUUGGUAAUCGACGAUGGUGUUCAGGACCGCGGCCACAGGCGCAACAUUUUUGAUGUGAAGCACCGGCUCAUUGGCGUGGCGCACGGGCUGCAUUUGUACAGUGGCGUCAUGAGCGUGAUGAACUUCUGCCCGAAGCUGGAAGCAGAGCAUCCAGCCAUCGACACUCUACACGUGCAGCGGCGGCAACGCUUGACGUUACAGGAUUUCAAGGAAGGAAGUGAUGUAUGGGACAUCCUGAAGCCGCGGAUGUGCGUGGGUUGCGGAGGCAUUUGCCUGGGCAACAGCCGCGCCAUGCGCAAGUACCGCGGCCUGGAUGAGAACGGCCAGGAGAUUCCGGAGGCCUUCUGCCAUCCCAGCUGCGACCUGUGUCCACACUGUGGGAAGUUGCUUGAAGACUCUGGGAAGAACAUGGCGAUUUGUUUCACUCGUCACGGAAAGACCCAACGUUUGCACCAGUGUUGCAUUGCUGCAGCCUUUCACAUGUAUUGCAAAGUCUGCCGCGCUGAAAGUAUCGAGAACUUUCUGGAGUACAAUGACGCGAAUCGCCCCGCUCUGGACAACGUCAAAGACUUGAUUCAGGAGCGCAUGGGCCGCAGAAAGAGCGCCCUGCAGGAGGGUGACAUUGUCUGCAAAACCUGCGUCCGGAGCAUGUUUGAAGAAUACCGGCUGCGAGUGAAAGGUGGAGAGAUCGGGGCGGCAAAGAGUGGCCCAAAGACGACUGCACCACCAUCCGCAUCGAAGGAUGGAUAUCCAAGCGCCGCCGCGCCGGAGGUGUGCCAUCUCUGUCAUAAGGCGAUCCUCACGGGGACGCGGCGAGUGCAGAUGGACAGCCGAUGGGUGCAUGAGACGUGCUUUUCAAAGUCACUGGAGGUUCCUUGUGCACAUUGCAAGAAGACCAUCAAAGCAGGCGAUGCCCGGAUUUCGCUGGGAAAGAAAGAGAUCCACAAGAGGUGCCUGGAAGCUUUCUACGCGGCCAAUCCAACGGCAGUUUCCAAGUUUGGAAGCGAUCCGGAGCUUCACCAGUGUGUCCACUGCCAGAAGGUCAUCGAGCAAGGAGAAGGUCCCACGAUGUUCGAAGGAAAGUGGUACCACAAGGUCUGUUGCGAGGCGAAGUUCGAAAAAGGCUACAAGGGUCCCAGCCUGAACAAGGUCUGUGCCAAGUGCGAGAAGGAGAUCUUCAUCUCGGAUGCGAUUUUGGUGAAGGAGAAAUGGCUGCACAAGAGGUGUUGGGAGGACUCGCAGGUUUGCUCUUGCGCCUUUUGCGGAGGGCUGAUCGUGGAGGUCUCCCAGAAGGCUCAGAUGGAUGGUCAUGUGCUCCAUCCCCAUUGCGUCCGUCUAUUUCUUGAGAGCGGUCGACCAGCGACCUCGCAGCAGAAGCAAGCUGCGGUCGCAGUCUCCGAUGCGACCUGCAGAAACCUCCGUUGAUUCGAAACCUGUUUUUGGGUGUCGUCGACCGAAGUCUUGGACCGAGGCCACUGCGGCAAGUUUGCCAGGAUUUGCUUCAGCACCAGUGUUUUUUUUUUGGUUACCAAGAAAUUUGGGGAUUUAAAUGAUAUAGUCAAAUAUAUUAGUCCAUAUAACUGGUGAUAUUGGACAUAUUUUAAGAUCAUGUUCCACCAACAACGAUACAACAUGCUGAUUUACGAUUCAACCAACAAAAAUGCUGAUUAGACAUGACUAGACCAUACAAAACCAACAACAUAUUGAUUUGAGACGAUUAAACACCAACAACGCUACGAUUGGGGAAUUAGAAACUGUAAGAAACACCACAGAGUAUCA